AUGGCGCCGCCUCCCAAGAACAUGCCAAAACAUGCAAGGCGGCGCACGCAGCAAGAGUUUGAUGAGCCAAGAAGAUAUGGGGCGCCACCUGGUUGGCCACCUAACAUUGAAGCUUACGUUCUGCCAAGGCUAGAGAUGCGCUUUGAAACUUUCAAAGAAGCAAAGGACUACAACGUCUAUGCAAAGCACGCGGGUUUUGCUAUCAGGGAAGGCUCAAAGUUUAAGACCAGAGCCUACCUUUAUUGCACGUGCUAUGGAGUCUAUGAGUCGAAGGUGUCAGAAGCAAAUAGACAGCGGAACAAGACGACAGCCAGGACUAACUGCGGCACUAAAAUGAGGCUGAAGAUGGAAAAGGAUGGAACACUUGUCGUAAAAGAGAUAGUCUGGGAACACAACCAUAGGCUACAGCUCACCCCCCAAAUGCUUGUCUUCUUGCACUGCCACAAAAACUUUGACAAAACAAUCUUGGAGUACGUCAAGUACCUGCAGUUCAAAGGCAUUGAACACGUGCAAAUCAUGAGCAUACUGGGUGGCGAUGACCCCGGUAGCUACUUCCUCAAAAUGAAUGUCAAAGAGCUGAUUAACAUCAAAGCAAAGAAUUCAAGGAUGGAUGAUGUGGACGAUGUCCUAAAGGCUGUCAACUUCUUUAGGAAGAUGAAAGCUAUAAAUAGGGAAUUCUUCUGUGACAUGCAACUCGAUGAGUCCGACAGAGUUAAGAACAUACAAGCUGCCGAGGGGCCUAUCAGGACUUUGACUACAUUCUUUGGUUUCGCCCUGAUAAGAGAUGAGGAUGCAGAUUCAUUCAGAUGGUUGUUCAAGACAUUUUUAAGGUGCAUAAGAAGGAAGGCUCCUACAUGCAUCCUCACAGACCAGUGCCCGGCAAUGGCUUUGGCGAUCCCAGAUGCUUUCGGGAACAUGGUACACAAGCUGUGCCGCUGGCACAUUAUGAAGAAGUACAGGGAACACCUCGCAUACCUGUACAACCUGCACAAAGAAUUUAAGGAUGAAUUCACAUCAAUCCUCAACUGGCCCCUCAUGCCAACUGAGUUUGAGGCUGCCUGGAAAAGACUCGUGGAUAAGUACAACCUCCAUGAUGAUGCCACGAUGGUGGGCAUGUGGAACGAGCGUGAGAGAUGGAUAUCAGCCUACUUCAAAGAAAUUUUCUGCGCCAAAAUGACAUCCACACAACGAAGUGAGAGCAUGAACUAUGUGCUCAAGAAGAACUUCGUAAGUGAGAGAGAAAACCUACACCGGUUUGUCGGCCAGAAGGAACAAAACACGCUGACCUUCUAUGGGUUUGACACCCAGAUGGCAAAGCUUUACCCACGAGCUGUGUAUAGCGAGAUCAGAAAUAGGCUAAAACUGAGCACACUCUUCACGGCAACAGAGACGGAAGAGCCCACAAAGUACCUCGUGCACUACAACAACCCACAAAAACUGUCUGUGUGGGCUCAGCACGCGUUCCAGACAAUUAAGGCUGCCAGCGUUCCAAAGAAAUACAUCCUCAGGAGAUACACCAAACGCCCGAACAUCCAGCCAACAUUCAACAGAAAUGACUUGAGGACAGUGGCAUCAAACAAGGCAUCCCAAUACUGCAUUGAAAGCUCACUGCUGACGCUGAACAUGAGGGUGCACAGAAAAAGCUUGAGAAGCCAAGAGCAAAUGGCGAGGUCACGGGUCAUCAUGGACAAACUUGAACAAGAACUCGACGCCAUGCAUUCUGCUGAAAACGGAGGUGUCGCGGACAAUGAAGCCAUUGAGCAGGAUAUUGCUACAAUGUUAUCUGAGAUGAACCAUCUGGGAGCUAUUGACCCAUUUGACAAUGAGGAAGAGGAGCAACAGUAA